CGCCCCGCCCCAUCGGCGCGUCGGGUUCCGCCUCCUGCUGGAAAGCCUAUUUAACGCCAGGGGUGCAGCGGAUCCCCGAGGCUCUGUUCCAGGCAGUACUUUGGACGGGAACUGACCGAGGAGACCCCGGUGCAGCCCAGCCCAGUUCGCUCCACGCUCCGGGAUCCGCCAACAAACCCCAGAUCCGUCUGCCCGCUGGACACCCGGACGGACGCAGCCCGCCCGCCAUGGCCCGGCUCCUGACGGUCACGGUCGCCCUCGGUUGCAUCAGCCUCCUCUACCUGCAGCUCCCGGGAGCGCAGUCUGGCGGCCUGGGCGGGGGAUCGCGGCCCUCCACACCCAGGGAGCCCUCAGCUCGGACUCGUUCCAGCAACCAGCAGCCCCAGCACCCUGCACCCCUGCCCAUGGUCUGGAAGCCUCAGCAGGCCUCUCAGCCACAAGGGAGGGCCAGCCUGGCUCCCACUAUGGGUCGGCUUCUCCAGGAUGGUGGCCGACGACACGCAGGCCCCCGGCGACACUUGGGCCCCCGAAGGUCCCAAGCCCAGCUCCUGCGGGUCGGCUGUCUGCUGGGCACCUGCCAGGUGCAGAACCUCAGCCACCGCCUGUGGCAGCUUGUAGGGCCAGCUGGCCGGAGAGACUUAGUACCUGUGGACCCCAGCAGCCCCCACAGCUAUGGUUGAAGUGAAUCCUGGUCACACCCCUGCCCAUCCCUCCCAGCUGGAAUGCCAUACUGACCCCAGAGCUGCAACUGAGCCCCUGCCCUGGUCCAGCCCCUUGGAGCCCUUUCAGUAGCUGGUCCUGCGGCAACUGCACCUGCAGGCUUUGGACACGGAAACCCACGUGGAUGUGUCGUCGUCUGCAUGCAGCAUCUCUGUGCCCCAGGCUGUGCACCUCUGAACUGUGCCACUCAGGGGACCAGUUCUAGGCAGUGGUGGCUGACAGCAUCAGUUGCCAAACGGGGCUUCAGAGAGAAGGGGUCUGCUCGUGGACCUGGAGCCUCUGCCCUGACCUGAUGCACAGGGCCAGCCAGCUCUGAGGAAAUGGAAGAGAGGGGCUGGCAUGGUGUCCUAGCUCCUUCCCUACAGCCCCACUGGUGCCUGGGCUCUUGCUGCUCUGUGUCUCCCUGAAGGAGGUCCUCACCUUCCCAGCUGCUCCCUGAGGCAGGAGGGCAGCAGGGCAGGCUGUGACAUCCUGGUCCCCAAAGUUGAGAUGAGGGAAGAGGUCACAAAGGGACCUCCAGGGCUCCAGUUACCAGCUGUGGAGCCAGAGCUGAGGUGGUGAUGGAGGCCCCACCUGGAACCCCUGUGGGCAGCUGGGGGAAAGGGGCCCAGGGGCUCAGGGACACUCCUGGAUUAUUCUGGAGAGGAGCAGAGAUACCCUUUCCCACUCCCCAGGGCAAUGUCCCCAUCCCAAUUAAGUCAACUAAGACCCACCCCAGGGGCUGGGGCUGUUGCUCAGUGGUGGAGCACUUGCCUCACACACAGGAGGCACUGGGUUCGAUCCACGGCACCACACAAUUAUUAAAAAAAAAUAGUAAUUUUUUUUUUAAAUCCACCCCAGCCCAGUAGGGGGGUGCUCACUUAUAAUCCCAGGGACUCUGGAGUCUGAGCAGAAGGAUCACAAAUUCAAGUCCAGACUGCCUAGCUUAGGGAGACCCUGUCUAAAAACAAAAAUUAAAAAGGUUGGAGAUGUAGCCCAGUGGUAUAGUGCCCCUGGGUUCCAUCCCUGGUACCAACCCCCCCCCCCCAAUAAAAUCAACCCUAAAGUUUAUAAAAAGAAAGAGAAAGAUCCAACCCUGGUUCAGGGAGGAUGGGGCGGCCAAACCAGGCUGAAUCUUGACAGGCAAUUCUGGCUCCCCUCACAGCCCACCCCACGGAGUCACAUCCAGGGCAGGAGCAGGACAGUGGAGACUGGACAGGCCAAGUACUCCUCCACACCCAGCCUGAGCCUGGGGAGGGAGAAGCAGCCUCAGUGACAAGAGGAGAACCACAGCCAAGGAGCAGAGCUCCUCAUGCGUGUCCGCCCCACACAGGACCUUUGCAGGUGUCAACCAAGCCCCACAGUCGUCCUGCAGGUAGCCUGCAGAACCAGGUUUAUCACUUAGCAAGCACUCACACAGCACUCAAUGUGCAAAUGCUGGCCCACAUGGCCCUCAGCUCACAGCCACAUGGUAGGGGCACUUCCUUACCCUAACUCUAGAGGUAGCCACACCAAGGUCAGGCAUGUGCCUCUGGGCACUGCAGUGUCCACCACAGAGCCGGCUCUCAGGGUCGCUGACAGACCUAUCCCUUGGGCUCUCUGUACCCCCAAGGUAGGUGGUCUUCCAGCUCAAGGGUCACUUAGAGCAUGUAACUCACUGGGCUGCAUGGGAACAGUUAUAGCUGGUCCCUGCCCUGACAGCAGAGGCCAGACUAGAGAACUGUAGUAGGUGGCUAGUACACAGGGGUCACCAAAGUCAGAUGGGCAGGCUGCCUGGAGGAAGCAUGGUCUCAGCUUCCUCCGAGGCUCCCCAGAGAAAGGAGCAGAGGGUGUAAAGCCCCAGACCCAUAGAAGGUGUGGGUGCAGUAGUCACCCCACACGAGGCCAGCAGCCUGGGCCCUGGGGUCAUGUGCCCUGUGACCACAGAAUGGUGUCAACAGAGGCAGAUGGACAGUGAGGACACGGUGUGGAGUCCUGGCGUGAAGGCAAGUGUCCAGGGCAAGCUGGGAAGAGCGAGGCACUCUCUCCACCAAGGCCUUCCUCCCAGGCUCCCUGGGCACUGCCAGAGUCCAGCUCCACAUCUUCCUGGGCCUGUGUGAGGGCUGUUCUUCAGUACAAGAUGUUCCCUCUUCAUGGACCCUUCCACCUCUUCCAGACCCUCUUCUGGUGGCAUCUUGCAUCCUCCAGGCCUGGACUUCUGCGUGGGCUGCGGGUCCCCAGGGUUUUCCCCGGAAGCGGGAUGACUUGCCCUCCUGGCCUGCCAUGCGGUGUCAGAAGGUAGCCCGUCGUGACCCACAGCCUGGCAUCUGGUGAGACACUCAGCAACCCUGUCCUGACGCCUCCAUGGAAUUUCAGCAGCAGUGCUGCUUGCCCCACCUCCCACCCAGGGGCUUUCCCAGCUCCCUUCUAGCUGCUGGAAAAGUCCUAACCUUGUAGGCCCCUCUUCCUCAGAAUCCUACCCAGAUGCUGCUCCUCCCCACUCUGAGGCACCACCUGCUUUGGUGGAAAUGACCCCAGCCUCCUGGAGGCGGUCACCCCAUCCUGGCCAGUGUGAGCUGAGCUUGUAGAAUGUCAGAGGGUCCAGGCAACCCUUCUGGGUGGGCGUUCCAGUGGGAGGAGACAGAGGGAACACAUACCAAAGGCAAAUCCUUGAAGAAUGAACUGAGAGUUUGCCACGUUAAGUGGUGAGGGUGUUACUGGGGUCUCUCCAACCACGUCUUAGCGUAGCUGCAGAGGAGCUGAUAGAAUGGGUGACAACUCUACAGGCUUCUUGCCUAGACCUCUGACCUUUGAGGUCCCCACCCUUCAGUGUCUCCAUUCUGUGCCCUUCCCUCUCUGAUGGCUCCAAGAACAUUGCUUCCCAGGCUGGCAUUUUUGUCUGCUUGGUCCCUGCUGUGUCCUCAAAGCCAGUGGACUGUGAAUUGUGUUGGAGCCCUGGUCAGUGCUGUGGGCUUAUGGAACCAUUUCCCCAGGAGCAGGACACUCCUUGACCAAACUUCAGAAGGUUACCCUAAGGCCUCUUCAGGACUAGGCCUAACCUUGGCCCUGUCCUUGCUGGGCCUGUCUAGCCAAGGGUUAGCAAGAAUCCUAAAUCAGUUUAUGGAGAAUCCUGCAUCCUCAAAGCUGAUCGCCUGCCUGCCUCCAGCAAGAAUCCAGUUAGGCCUCAGCAAGACCUCCUACCCUUGGUAUCUCAGGAGUCCCCACUCAGUGAUUCCUCAGUGUUCACUGACUGUACGUCCCAGAGGUCUUGGUUGUAGUCUGUCUCACUACCCUGUUGCAACUGUCAAUAAAGUUUCCCUUACCA